UUCUCUUGAGGAUCGAGACAAACAAACGAGAAUCAGCGAUUAAUUCCUUCGAUCACUCUGAAAUUAGAGGCCAAGUUCAACACCGAAGGUCUAGCUUCCGCAGAAAUGCCUCCGAUCAAGAAAGGCGACAAACUACCUAGUGUGACCUUGUACGAAGCACUGCCGGAAAAUCAAAUGAAUAUACUGAAUCUGGUAGCUAACAAGAAAGCCAUCAUCUUUGGAGUUCCUGGUGCUUUCGUUCCAGGAUGUUCCAGGGUACAUCUCAGAGGAUUCAUUGAAAAAUCAACAGACCUCAAGUUCCUAGGCUUCGAAGAGAUUAUCUGCGUGUCAAUGAAUGAUCCAUUCGUGAUGUCUGCCUGGGGAAAUGCCAGAGGAGCAAACGAUAAAGUGAGAAUGCUAGCGGACCCCACUGGAUCAUUUACCAAGGCCAUUGGCAUGGAGACAGAGAUUCCAGAAUUGGGAGGGACCAGGAGCAGAAGAUACUCCAUGGCCACCGUGAAUGGCAUCGUGAAAGAGUUAUUUAUAGAUGCACCCAACGUGAAGCUUACGUGUUUGCAAAUGAACGGCGUUCCAACGUAUUGCACUUAGCGUAAACGCAGCGUUCGAAGUUUCAAAAUCGUCCGAAAUUAAUGAAAAAUUCAGUUCUCCAAAAGUUUUGAAGCUCGGAAUAUCGUACGAGUUACCUUGUACAUACAGUAUACAUAUGUAUUAGUCUCACGACGAAGUUGCAAACGUUCAAGGCCGAUGCAAAUGACCACCCCGAUAAUCUAAACUGGGCUUUUAAACGAGCGCCGUCCAGCGCGGCGGUGAAUGGAGAGACGCAAUUGGUACUUUCGCACACAUUGUCGCAAGUGCAACGUGAUUCCAUCGUAAACACGCGUCGUCUAUUUUCGUUGCGCAGCGUUGCGAAUCAAAACACGUGACACUACACGCGACACUACAAAGCGACCAAAGCAUUCGCUAAACACUUCCGUAUAAAUUAUGAUAAAUUAUAAAUUUAUCUUAUCGUAAUGGCAAAAAGAGAGAGAGAGAAGGAGAAUGCAACAAUGCUGUGAAGUAUACAUAUUUUACAACGACGCUUUUAGUUUGUUGAUCUUUUUUUAGUUUUCUGUCCAGAGACAUGUUUUCAGAGAGUUUCAACGCCGCUUUUGUGCGCGACGCAAAAUGUUUAUUUGACAUUCCUGCGAGCGUUAAUAAGCGGAUUCUUGAGCUCAGGCAAGAUCCAAGAGCGGAGGAAUAUAUCGACUGUUUUUAUCUGACCUACCUCACCGUCGAGGGAAACACUAGAACCGCAGUGUAUCGAUUUCAAGCGCGGGAUUCCUAGGUGACACACUUUGAAUCACUUUGGAUGCUGGACUUUUAGAGAUGCGCGGGAUCUAACGUAGAUUUCUACAAUUGGUGUUAAUUCCCCAAGUACCUUUGAAACUUCGAAAUUCUACGAGACUCCAAAUACGUGUGUACUUCUAUAUUCUCAAUAUCUCAUGUUUUAGUAUAAAACGUAUAUCUCAAUAUCUCAUAUUUUGAAUUAUAAGAAGUAUUCAUUCAAAUAUUUCAAGUGCAUUUGUACUUUCAACAGUCCACGAGCUCCGACGUCUUAACACCUCAACAUGCUAACAUUUCCAACAUAUUAAUUCUCGACUAAUUAUAAUCUAAGUGUCAACAGUAGGUUAAUAGCAUUUCGAGAUUCGAAGGACGCGUGCAGAACGCUUGCAUAAUCACAAACGACGAUGGUAAACAAUACAUUGGCCAACGUGAUUGUCCACGAACUGGGUCAAUACGGACUACCUCCUUGCAAACUCAAGACGCGACUGAUCGAACAAUCGGGUUUUUAACGACCAAUUUGCACGCUAUUUCCUUCUCCAUUUAAACGUUCAAAACAUCCGUCAGACGUUCAUGAAACACUCGAACAACUUGCAACAUGCAUACACAGACCAGGCUGAUCAAUGAUUCCUAGAUUGAGGAAUUUCUUUCCGUGUUGCGUGCAAGUUUCACCUGCAAGCAUCGCGUAAUCUCAUUUAUAUGCGGUAUAGAUGUAAACAGAUAUUUACAUAACGCGUAUGAAAAGCAUUACCGGUCACGUGAGGGCGAACAACAAUCCCGGGGAGCUAGAAAUCGAAAGAGGGACAGGGACAGCAGCAGCAGCAGCAGCUCGACAAAAAGUUUUAAAAGAACAAUGCCUCCAAAGCCUUCGAGGCAAAAGUGGUGCUUCAUUGAAGAGAGUUCCUGCGACGGUCUUCUAUUUUUAACCGGACAACCAUGCAAUUUCAAUGACCGUACUCCUGCGUUGGUUAUUUACGAGCAACGGGAUAGACAGAUCGACAACCCAUAAACUCGUGUCUCUGGUGUUUCUUCAAAGCGAUUUAUUACAGAUCACGUGAUUUCUCUGUAUACGAUAAUUGAAUUUCCGCUGGAAAUAUACACAAAGAAAUAACAAGUGCGAUUUAUUUCGAUUUAUAUGCAUAGGUAUGUGAAUAGAAUUUAAGAGGAAUAAAAAAGAUAAAAGAGAAUACUUAACUACAUGGUUUAAUUACGCUGAUCAAUAUCUUCGAGUCAGUCGUAUCGUUCGGUAGCCCAAUAAAUUUUCUUUAUCAAGAAUCUUUCGGUCGUCUCGGUAUCACGCAACAAUCACGAGUUUGACUUGUGUCGCGAAGAUGAGCCAGAAAGAAAAUAACGAGGGCUUCGGGAAGAUCUUUAAAGCCUCUUUUGUCGCAUGCGACAGUAUGUACGUAAUUGCUUCAACAGCGAGUGUUUCAAGGCCGACCGGUAAUUGAAUGCAAUUGCACGCAUAUGAAAUAGAUCUCGAACCAAGACCGACACGAACCGCUGGCGUGAGUUGACAAGCGAAGAUUCGGAGUCGUAGAAAAGAAAAUGGCAGUGUUCCUAAAAUUCUAAAAAUUACACCGAGCACGAUUUUUCUUUUUCUU